CUCCAGUCUCACUGGAAGGCAAAAGCACAUGCAGGUGAACCUAAGCUCCCAAGAGCACCAUGAAGAUACUUGGCAUCUUGCUGUUUUGGGGUCUUCUAACGCUGUGGUCAGAGCUGCCACCUGCAUAUGGUCAGGUGCUUGUUAAACCUGGAUACUGCCGAUACGUUCGUGUGAGAUGCGCUAUGCCCAACCCCCCAAUUAGAUGCAGGAAGGACUCCGUUUGUGAUGGAGCAAAGAAGUGCUGCGUAACGGCCUGUGGGACAGCCUGUGUGGACCCAGUGUUUGAGAAGCCUGGAUUCUGCCCCAUUGUUGAAAUGCCUUGCCUUGCACUGAAUCCACCUAAUAGCUGCAGUAAUGACGAAACCUGCUAUGGGCCCAAGAAGUGCUGUGACACCGGAUGUGGGAAACAUUGUGUCCACCCAGAGUUUGGAUAAUCUCCAGUGGAACAAAUAUGUCAAACAACAUUUUGCAAGAGAAAACUGGCAUUACAGCAUUUGUGUCUAAAAACGGCUAAAUCACCUUCCAAAUCUAUUGAAGGAAAGCAUUGGAUAGUCCUGAGGAAUGUGCUAUCGAUAAUAAACCAAACAAACCAAA